AUGCUGCUCAUGCUAUCUGUUACCAUCUUUGGUUAUGUUCUUCUCGUGGCCAUAUAUUGCCUAUAUAUUCACCCCAUCAGCAAGUUUCCAGGGCCCAAGCUAGCUGCUAUUACGGGCUUUAACGGAUUCUACUUCGACUUUAUAAAAGAUGCAUCAUACUGGUAUCAACUCGUCAAGGUUCCAUUGUCCGAAUCGGUUCCAACGAGCUUCACAUCGCGGACCCGCAUUUUCACUCGGAAAUAUAUGCGCCAAAACUGCGUGAUAAGAACCCUAAGUUCACUAGACUUGGUGAUACAUAAGAUUCCAUGCUCUUCACAGUUGACCACAAACUUUAUGCUUCACGCCGCGCUAUCCUACACAAUUUCUUCUCGAAAUAGUCUAUUCUGGGGCUAG